AUGUUCUUCGAGAGACUUCCUGUAGACCUGAUCGCAGAGAUCCUGGGGGAGCUGGACUUGGAGUCACUGAUUCAGAUGGCCUAUGUAUCCAAACGGUUUUACUCAGUGGCCUCUGAUCCUUCUUUAAACCCGUGGAGGAGGCCAAUCAUGCGUAUUCUGAACAUGCACAUGUAUGAACCGGCUUUGAAGCACCUAAGCGUUCGAUUGAUUGUUCCUCGACGAAAUUGGAUUGAGAUCAUUACUUUAGCGCGGCCGUCUUUCGUUCUCUACGACGCAACGCUUCCUAACCUGAAAUCAGAGGAAUGGGAAGAGUGUUUCAAACGUCGCUUUCUCCCUAGUUGGCAGAAAUGGAAAAAGGAAAGCUCCUGGAAAGAAGCUUUUCUCAAGUGUCUCGGUCUUGCUGUGCUCAUGGAAAUCCUAGGUUAUUGCACAGAGUUUGGCAUCGCAGUGUCAGUUCUUGUACAAGCGACGAAGCAUGGACCAAAAUAUUAUAGGCAACAGAACAACCUUUCACACCUUGAGACGCGCAUUCGGGCGAGUUACAGAGUUUCGUCAAUUAACCACAAGUGCUGA